AUGCUUCAACCAAUUAAAUGGGCUUAGAUUAGUAAUUUUCUAUGUAAUUUAAGCUAGAUACUCCCUGUUGGAUUUUCAAUGACCAAAAAUUAAUACCUGGAGUUAUUCUAUAAGUUUCUCCUUUUUUGAUUAGCACAGCUGAAGGCAAUAUAGCUGAUUCCAAAAAUGUAUAUUAAAGAAGUUUAGAUAAUGUACAAGAACUCGAAGAUUUGAUUGAUCUAUCAAUUUUUAAUGAAGCUGAAGUUCUUAAUGCUUUGUAUCAAAGAUUUUAACAAAAAAAAUUUCAAAUUUUUUGUGGAGCAUCUUUUCUCAGUAUGAAUCCAAUUCAUAAAGAAAAUACAAAAUCUUAACAAUUGUAAUAAAUUGCUCUAAAUUCUUUCCAUUAAAUGAUUGAUAUACCUUAAUCAAUUAUAAUGACUGGAGAAUCAGGAUCAGGUAAGUCUGAAAUUAGUAAAUAAAUUUAGUUAUAGCUUUCAAAAUUUGGUAAUCUUCACACUAAAGUUUUGGCUUGCAAUUAAAUUAUUGAAGCAUUUGGAAAUGCUAAAACUUAAAGAAAUUCCAAUUCAUCUCGUUUUGGAAGGGUUACAAAAAUGCUUUUUGAUAAAGAUUAAAAGUUAUGUGGUAUUCAUAUUACAGCUGUUUCCCUUGAAAAAUCACGCAUCUAUAAUGUACCAUAAGGAGAAUGUAAUUUUAACAUAUUUUAUUAAUUCUUGAAUUAUGGAUAAUUGACUUUAUUUAAUAUCAAUACAAAUCAAUAACAAAAUCUGAUUCCAAAUCCUUUAAAUUCAAAAGCAUCUUAAUAAUAAUCUUAAAAGGAAACUUAGCAAUUAUAAGAUACUCUUGAUGCUCUUAAAUUAUUUAAUAUUAAUAUUGAUGUAAUUUUAGGAAUAUUGGCUUGUAUUAUAAAAUUAGGUAAUAUAUAAUUUGAAGAUCAUAAUAGUGAUUGUACAAUUAAUGAUUAGAAAUCAAUUCUAUAGAUAAGUCAAUUACUUGGAAUUUCAGAUAAAGAAUUGAUAAGAUGUUUAUGUUAUAAAUAGAGAUAAUUACUGAAAAAUGAAAUAGUUGAUACUCCAUUAAGUAGAAUAGAAUGUAUAAAUUAAUAAUAAAAUAUAAUAAAGCAAUUAUAUGAAAGAUUAUUUGAAUUCUUAAUUGAUUCAAUUAAUUGUUAGUUGUCUACAUAAAUAAAUAAGUAUUAAAUAAGCAUAGUAGAUUAUUUUGGUUUUGAAUAAAAUACAGUAAAUAGUUUUGAGUAAUUACUAAUUAAUUAUUCUUAAGAAAAGAUAUAAUAAUUCUAUCUUUUUGAUAUUUUUCAAUGUGAUACUAAAAUAUUUUAAUAAGAGGGUUUGAGUAACAAUUAAGGACCAACAAAUUAUAUAAAUAAUAUAACAAUUUUAGAAUGUUUAGAAAGACCUCCUUUAGGGAUUUUGAAUAUUUUAGAUGAUAGUUGCAAUGUGGCUGGUACAGAUGAAACCUUUUUAACAAAAGUUAAAAAUGCCUUUGUUAACAAUCAAAUAAUUACAUAUCCAAAAUCUUAAUCAUAACCAAUAUUUAAGGUUAGACAUUUUGCAAGAGAAAUUGAAUAUAAUGUUAUUGGAUUUCGAAUUAAAAAUAAAGAUGAAGUUAAUAAAUAGUUUUAAAUUUUACUUUAAAAAUCAAAGAAUUAAUAUAUUUCAACUAUAUAUUAACAAAUAAUUACAUAAAAAUAUGUAGGAACAGUUGCAAGAACUGAAUUAUAAAACUUAAUUACUUCUCUUAAAGAUAACAACAAUUAUUUCAUAAGAUGUAUUAAACCUAAUGAUUAAUUAAUACAAGAUUAAUUUAAUCAAUCAUUCGUUUUAAAUUAGAUUAAAUAUUCUUGUUUAGUGGAAAGUCUAUAGAUGAGGAAGGAUGGUUAUCCAUACAGAAGAACUUAUUAAUAAUGUUAUAUGGAUUAUUUUGGAGUAAUUUAAUAGAAAAAGGUUGAUUACAAGACAGCAAUUAUAAAUUACAUAAAAAAAAAUUUUGAAUUUUCAGAUGAUUAAGUAUUAUUUGGAAAUAGAUUGGUAUUCUUUAAAUAUCUAACAUAUCGAAUUAUUAAAUAGGAAAUAAAUAAAUAAAAUAGUUUAAAAUAAUAGGCUGCAUAAAAAUUGUAGAAUGCUUGGAUUUGUUAUAAGAACAAAAUGAUUUUUCGAGAAUUUCAAUGUAGAAUUAUAUAUAUAUAAGCUCACAUUAGAGGAUAUUUAGAAAGAUAAAGAUAUGUUAGAUAUAUGUAGUCUAUUGUUUUUAUUUAAUUUAAAAUAAGAGAAUGGUUAAAAAGAAUAAAUUAUAAAAGAAAUUUAUAAGCUGCAAAAAUAGUUCAAAAAUAUUUUAAGAGAAUUUGUGCAAUUAAAUAAAUGAUUGUUGAAGAAUAAUGUGCUAUCAAAAUAUAAAGAUUUAUAAGAUAAAAAUAAUUAUAUUAAGACUAAUAAAUUGAAAAUGAUAUAAAAAAAUUAUUAUUUAAAGUGACAGAUUAAGCAUGGAAAGUAAUUGUAUAUAGAGCUGCUACUAAAAUUUAAAAAACAUGGAAGGGUUACAUUACACGUUUAAUUAAUGAAGAUAAUAUAUAAUCAAUUAAAUUAGCUGGAUUUUUAGUAACAGCCAAUCAAGCUGCAAUUACAAUCUAAAAAUAUGUUAAAAGACAAUAAUAAAGAAGAUAUUAUUAAUCAUUAAGAGCAGCCACUACUUAUAUUUAGGGAUGGAUUAGAAGUAAAUGGUUGACAAAUCUAUUUUAAAGGAUUAGAUAUGCUACAAUAAUAAUAUAAAGAGGAGUGAGGAAAUAUUUCAAUUAGUAUAGAAAAUAAAGAAAGUAUGAAGAUAUAGUAUUAAAACCUUUGGAGAAUGAAUUGAAUAGGAUAAGAGAAUAAGAAUUUAUGAAUCUGCAUGAUAGUUAUAUUGAAUCUAUUUUGGAGAAUGAAUAAGAAAAUAUUCCUGGGAAAAAGAUUGACUUAUUCAGUUAAGUAAUAGAUUUAGAAAUAUUGACAGAUGUAAGUGAAAUAUAUGAUACAUUAUGGACAUCAUUAUAUAAGAGAUGUUUUAAGGAAUGUUAUGAAAAAUAGAAUUAUAUUUCUACAUACUCUAUAGGAGAAUGUCAUGCAUAUGUUGGAACAUUAUAAAAUAAAAUUUAUUCUUGGGGAUUAAAUGAUUCAUUAUAAUAAGGAUUACUUAAAUAAAAUACAAAUAAAAUUAAUUAGAUAUAAUUUCCAUUUAAAAUAAAAUCUAUUAAAUCUGGAGCUAAUCAUGGAUUAAUUUUAACUUAAGACAAUGUUUUGUAUUCAACAGAUGAAAAAUAAUGUAUUUUAAAAAAUGUUAAAUUAUUCUCUGUUUAUAAUGAUGAUAAUGUAGCUGUUGAUGAAAACAAUUUAAUUUAUAUUUGGAAAAAAAAAUAGAAAAAUCCAAUUGAAUUGAAAUCAUGGAGUACCUUCAUUAGAAUGAGUUAGAUAUAGUAGAAGAUAUAAAUACAUUAAAUUUCACAUGGUUUAUAAUUCUUCAUAGUAUUAUCAACUAAUGGGAUGAUGUUCUCUAUGGGUGAAAAUACAGUUGGAGAAUUAGGUAUAAAUAGAGGUCAUUCUAAAAAUGAAUUAACUUUAAUAGAAUUAUCUGAUAAAAUAGCAGAAGUGCAUUGUGGAAUGAAACAUACUAUUGCCAAAUCUACUUUAGGAAAAGUAUACACUUGGGGCUGGGGUCAAAUGGGAUAAUUAGGACAUGGAAACCUUAAAGAUGAAGCUUCUCCUAAGAUUUUACCAUUUGAAUCAAAAGUUCUUUAGGUGAUGGCUGGUCACAAAUAAUCUAUUGUUAUUUUAGAUACAAAAAAGAUUUAUUGGUGGGGUACUAAUUCUUGCUUAUAAUAUCAAACAAAACCUGUUGAAUAUAUGACUAAUUAUCCAGCAGUUAGAGUUAUAUGUAAUUGGAGUAGAACUUUAAGUAUUGUUUAUAUAACAUUUGCAAAGACUUAUAAAUGUAUAGAUAAUAACAUAAAAUUGAAAAAUAAAAUUAUCAAUUAAAUGGUUAGCAAAUGGAGUGAAAAUGAUAUUUAUUCUUUAGAUCCUCCUUAUUGUGAUAAUUUAGCUAAUUAUUUCAAUCAAAUGAAAAAGCCUUAACAAAAAUUAAAUAUUAAAUUUGCUUCAAAAAUUGAACAUUAAUAAUUGGUUAAAUAACUUUAGUAAUCUCCAUUUAAUUUACUUGAUGAUGUGAAAGAUUCAAGUUGUUUUUUUAGUUUUAAAAAUGAAUCCAAUAUUUUAUUACAAAAAUAAUUAUUAGAACAUUCUGAAAAUACAGAUAUUAUCAAUGCUAAAUCUUAUCAUAUCGAUAAUUCAAAUAAGUAUAAUUUUAUUUAUUAUUUAGACUCAAAUUGCUUAAAUCUGUUAAAAAAUAUAGGAAUGAUCCUUAAUUAUAAGAAAUACUAAAAUAAUCUGAAUUAAGUGAUAUAUUAUAAUAUAUAAAUUGA